AGAAACCUUUACAUUUAUGACACCUCUAGUCUGUAAAAGAACUGUAAACACCAAACAUUUUGGACCCAAGCCUCCUUUGAGAAUCAUUUCCUGAAGUCAGUUAUUAGAAGCCAAGAGCCGUGUGUAUAGAGGAGCCAUGCCAAAGAAGAAGAAGAAGAAUGCAGCUCCUGUCAGUACAUCCUUGGAAGAGUGUUACUCUGAAGGAGAGGUCAAAUGCAGCAGUGUGUGUGACACAUCACAAGAGGAUAGUGGGAUCCAGGAUGGGGAGAAGAGUGGGGAGUGCACUGAAUUAACCAGCACCAGCAUAGUGCUGGAUGUUACCGGAGAGCCCAGUACAGAUGAAGGAAAUGAAACCCUUGCAGAGAGCAGCAUGCCUGAAGGGGUGGAGCUUGACACAGGAGAGGAGGCAAUGGGUGAGGAAGAGAAGCCUGUUGGACCACCCUCAUUCCUGGAUGUUGUGCCUUCCUAUGACAGUGAUUAUAGCGGUGUUCUGACUGACGUUGAGUUCAGCAUGCUCACUGGGAAGAAGAUCAAUGAUGCUCGUCCAAAGCAGUCUUGUUUUAACUGCCAAGGCGACCACGGCAUUUCUCAAUGCACCCUUCCCCUGAACCAGUCCAGAAUAAGUGUGAACCGAAAGAAGCGCAUGGCCAGCAGGAUGUCUGUGAGGUACCAUGAAGACUGUGAGAAUAAAUAUGGGCAGUACCAGCCCGGGAAAAUUAGUGAGAGCUUACGCUAUGCUUUAGGACUGAGAAAAAACCAGCUACCACUGUACAUCUACCGAAUGCGUGUGUUAGGCUACCCUCCUGGCUGGCUGAAGGAGGCUGAGGUCCAUCAGGCAGAUGUGAAGAUGUAUGAUGCAAUAGGAAGAACGGUGUCACACCCUGAUGAAGAGGAGGGAGAAGCAGAACCUACAACAGUAAAGUACAAACCAGAAAAGUUAGUCUGUUUCCCAGGCUUCAAUGACCGUAUCCCUCGUGGACUCAAAGAUGAGUCGCAAAAAUAUAACUUACCGCCAAUGCAGCCGUGCCACCAGAUGUCAGAAUUCCUGCGGUUCAUGAACCAGAACAAAGCUGAAGCCUAUAAGAAGAAAAAAUUGAAAGAUUCAGAACUAAGAAGCAAAACUCCACCUCUCUCAAUAGAAAUGGAAGUAGAAGAGUGUGAAGGUAAAGCAGAAGAUAUUGUUUUCAACCCUCCAUUACCAGACGAAGACCCUCCUCCACCUCCUCCCCCAGACACAGAAGACUCUGCAUCCACCAAGAGGGUCCUAGACAUAGAGGAUGGAGAAAUUACUGAGGACUCCCAAGAGUCCAUGGAGAGUCUUACAGUCAAGAAACAGAAGAUACUGAAGGAAUUAGAGAAGGAAAGCACACAGAGUGAUGCUAAAGGAGACACUGACAACAAUGAUGGAGACAGAGAGACCCAAGACUCUGAAGACAGCCAACCAUCGCUUACCUCUGGCACAGACCCAUCUCAGUCAGAAAACUCCUGUAGUGGUGAUAGUAAAAAAGCAAAGAAAACAAAAACAAAGCGACAUCACAGGUCUCACUCCAUGGGAUUCAAGUUGGGCACAAUGAUACCUGACUCUAGCACUCCUUACAAAACACUGCCCUCCCCUGACAAAUGGACAGUAGAUGUAUCAGAUCAUAUUGUGUUCGACAACUUGCCAGAUGCUCUGGGAACUUGGGAUAAAAUGAAAGGAGUAAUGGGUGCAGUGAGGAAAAAGAUGACUGUACUACAUGCAGAUGAAGAUGAUUAAUGACAAAGUUUGACAGAAAGUAAAAGACCAUGAAUAACUUAACAACAUGUAAUCUAGGAACUUGAGAUUGGUAUUGUAUAGCUUGCCCAUUGGUUGGCAUUGACUGUUAUGGAUCUAUUAAAAGACUGUGACUGAUGUGCACUUCAUGUUAUUUUUAUACUUGGAAUGUCAAGAGUGUGUGUGUGUGGCAUCCAGAAUCUAAAGCAGAAUAGUGGGGAUCAAGUAAAGUAACAGUUAAGAUAUACUGUAAAACAUGUUUUCUCCUUAUAUUAUAAUGAGUUCACAAUGUCAUAAAAAAUAGACAACUUUUUUUUCUUUCGUUGGUUUGUUUUGAAUUGAGCCCUUUUAUGAAGAGAAAUUUACAUAUAAGACUGUAAUCAUCACCAAUGUAAUUCCAUAAAAGUAAGGACCGAAAACUUGAUUCUUAUGAUUGAGCUACCACUUUAAUCCUAUUAAAGCUGUUUUUGUUUA